CAUACUUCUAUACCAUCAGCUCGUCCUUACAGUAAAGGGGGUGGAGCGACUAUAGUAAAGCUCGUGCAUUUUCCUGUUGUGGCAGCGAAACGUAUCGUUUCACGCAUAGUCAAAGAAAUUAUGUACUAACUGUGUCUAAGUGGAUAUUUUCCGAAAACAGGCUAUUCUUUGAACUUGUUCUUUCGGUUUAAAAUGGUAUCGCAACCCGCCGAGAGGCGAUUCGCGACGAAGACGACUCGUUAAGAAGCCUGGUGGGACUUCGGUGGACCAUUUCGGUUUUCAGAAGCCGUUUGUCUUUUUUUCUAAGGAAGUGGGUAUAAAGGCAUUUGGUCCAGAGCCUGGAAUACACGUGGGGAUAUGACACUAUGUGCCGUCCUAUAGCAGCUGACUGAUACUGACCCUGCGUAUGCUGAGCAGAGUCCGCCUCAGUCUCGUGUGAUUGGACGCUGGAUGGAAUCAAGGUGAAUGGAACACAAAGAGCAGGAGCUUAACCUGCCAGAGGGAGAUGAGACAUGGUGGCCGAAUGGAGUGAAGAGAAAAAGAAAGAAUAGUCAAUGCUCUAUGAAGAGCACAUCUGUGAAGAUCAUCUCUGUUCCAGGGUACAUUCCCAGCUACCUGGAGAAAGAUGAGCCAUGUGUGGUAUGCGGAGACAAGGCCACCGGCUACCAUUACCGCUGCAUCACAUGUGAGGGCUGCAAGGGUUUCUUUAGGAGGACAAUACAGAAGAAUCUUCACCCUUCCUAUUCCUGUAAAUAUGACAGCUGUUGCAUCAUUGAUAAAAUCACCCGCAACCAGUGCCAGCUGUGUCGCUUCAAGAAGUGCAUCUCGAUGGGCAUGGCCAUGGACUUGGUGCUGGACGAUUCAAAGCGUGUGGCCAAGAGGCGUCUGAUCGAGGAAAACCGGGAACGGAAGAAGAAAGAGGAGAUGGUGAAAACACUGCACAAUCGACCUGAGCCCAGCGUCUCGGAGUGGGAGCUCAUUCGUAUGGUGACAGAGGCUCAUCGCCACACCAAUGCCCAAGGCCCUCACUGGAAACAAAAACGCAAGUUCCUACCAGAAGACAUCGGGCAGUCUCCAGCCCCCACAUCAGACAACGACAAAGUCGACCUGGAGGCUUUCAGUGAGUUCACCAAGAUCAUCACCCCUGCCAUCACACGAGUUGUGGACUUUGCCAAAAAACUGCCCAUGUUCUCUGAGCUGCCCUGUGAAGACCAGAUCAUCCUGCUGAAAGGCUGCUGUAUGGAGAUCAUGUCCUUGCGCGCAGCGGUGCGAUACGACCCAGAGAGUGAGACGCUGACCCUGAGCGGGGAGAUGGCUGUCAGUCGAGAGCAGCUGAAGAAUGGAGGGUUAGGAGUGGUGUCUGAUGCCAUCUUUGAUUUGGGCAAGAGCUUGUCACAGUUCAACCUGGAUGACUCGGAGGUGGCACUGCUGCAGGCUGUACUGCUCAUGAGCUCAGAUCGUUCCGGACUCACGUGUGUGGAAAAGAUCGAGAAGUGUCAGGAGAUGUACUUGUUAGCAUUCGAGCACUACAUCAACCAUCGCAAGCACAACAUCUCACACUUCUGGCCCAAGCUUCUGAUGAAGGUGACAAACCUGCGCAUGAUCGGAGCCUGCCAUGCCAGCCGCUUCCUGCACAUGAAAGUGGAGUGUCCCACAGAACUCUUCCCCCCGCUCUUCCUAGAGGUCUUCGAGGAUCAGGAGGUGUGACCGAGAGCCACAGGGAAACUUGGGGAGGGAUAAAAGGGGGCAAAACUGGUCGUGAAUUUGCAUACCAGAAGCAUUUUUUUUGCAUCCUCAUGCAAUGCCGAAACAGGACAUGUACUUUAUUUUGCACCAUCAGCUUUGUCUGGGAUAUGUUUUGGGUUGUCGGCCUCCACACCUUUUGACCCUACAGUAACUUACCAUUCAGAUUCCUCCCACAGACAGACAAAAUGCUAGCAUGCAUCAACCUACCUCUCAUACCAACAUACCUCCCAACCUCAGAAGGAACUUAUUUUAAAAGCGUGACAAAGAAACCCACACAUUUAAAAGCUGUUUAAUAACCUGUUUCGGAAAUGCUAGCUGUUGUUAUAAGGACAGAGGAAACUUCUAUGAGCAACAUCGAACAGCUAUACAUGGGCUCUACAAGAUUAGCCUUUAAAAUAAUGCUAGAUUUUCCUCUGAUUACAGUAGUAUUUUAGCAUUCAGCUUCCUCUUUGCACGCAUAGAAUAUCUCCUUUAUAAACAUAACUACCUGUGUGCACUUGUUCACUCUGUACAUAUGUUACGUGAACUUCUCAUACCUCGUAUACACCAGCAUACAGACAUACAUGUAGCAACAUGUCCAUACAUGUAUGUAUGCUUACAAUUCUACCUGCAUUAACCCAUCUAUCUGCUUCCAAUGCAGUAUCUACAGUUCUCAUAUACCUUCCUAUCUACCAUAUCCUCUUGUAUGGUACUUAAGAUGAACAUUUUGUGACCUCAUUUUCUGAAAAGCCUCUUGUUGCUUUCUGUCAUGUGACCCAUUUAGCUGUUGUGAGGUAUUUCCUCCUGUAUUCAUCUGUCCUAGUGUUACCCAUUUGUACAGACAUAUUGAUGCACAUACUUAUUAAGACAUAUGAUGUGGUUCGAGACAUCCAUCUCCACAUUAUGGCCUUCAGAUCGCUCGUUGUGCUCCCACUCACCUGUCUCAUCAGAGUAUGAGUACCAUGUUAUUACACAGAACUUCAAAGAAUAAUGUGGUAUU